AUGCCGCCCGUCGCAUAUCUCAACCUCACCUGCCUUCUUCCAGCACAGCAACUCCCGCUCUCACAAAGUCAUCAACAUCGACAAAGCUGCGUCAUGAACCAUCGAGAUGGGUAUACAGAUCAUGGGAUACGAAAUGAAUUUGUCGAACCAAUUAUCACCGCCAAGCCGGGAAGCGCUCUUAUCAUGGCCGGCACCCACAACGAGACCCUGAAGUGGAUUUGUGGAGGGCUGGUCGCCUCGCUAGAACCUGCACAUGCAUUCCUCCGCCGCCCAACAAAAAUACUCUCGUAUGAACUUACAAACGCAGCACGUACAGUAAUGCUACGCUCCUUCGCCUAUCCUUCGUCGCAGCGCGGUCAACGCUGA